AUGGACGAGAAGAACGUUGAAGAGCGGAGGACGCUAGAGGAGGACGACGAGUUUGAGGACUUCCCUGUGGAUACGUGGGGGGACAAGGACACAGUGGCCAGCACCAGCGCCACCAAUGGCACUAGUGCCACCAAUGGCACUAGUGCCACCAACGGCAUUGGUGGCACCAGUGGCACCAAUGGCAAGCGCAACAUCAUAUGGGAGGAGAACUGGGACGACGUGGAGGCAGACGACGACUUCACACAGGAGCUGCGGGCAGAGCUGCAGAAGUAA